UGCGUAGGGCCAAAUCUCCACGAGUGUUGCAGCCCGUCGGCUCCUAUUUUCCGUUACACUGAAGACAGAAGUUAAUGGCAACUGGAGUGCGCGACAAGGACUUGAGACCCAUCUGACAGCGGCCCAUGGCGAUGGCUGCCCUGCGCCCGGCCUUGCGUGGCAUGUGUGUCCACUUGCGGUGCCAGCUGCUGCUGCAUGCUCACCUCGAUGUGCCCCGCGCCCCGCUGCACUUGAGCCCCCCCGCCUCCGCCGGGCACAACAAGUGGUCCAAAGUGAAAAACAUCAAGGGGCCCAAGGAUGCUGCCCGGAGCCGCCUGUUCAUGAAGUUUGCCAUGAUGAUCAGGCUCGCCGUCAAAGAUGGAGGAGCAAACCCAGAGUUCAACCAGCACCUCGCCAACGUCAUCGAGCAGUGCAGAGCCAAGAACAUGCCCAAAGCGUCCAUCGAGGCGGCCAUCAAGGGAACGGAUAAAUCCAACGCAUCUGUCUACUCGCUCUACGAGGCCCGCGGCCCCGGGGGGUCCUCUCUGUUGAUUGAGGUGCUAACUGACAACAGCACGCGCUCCCACCAGGCCAUCAAGCACAUCCUCGGCAAGAACGGGGGGUCAAUGUGUAAUGGCGCCAGACACAAUUUUGAACGAAAGGGGGUAGUGUUGGCAGCAGCGGAGGACCACGAGAAGAGUAUGGUGCCCCUGGAGAGAGCCCUGGAGCUCGCCAUCGAGGCCGGAGCAGAGGAUGUGCGAGACACGGAGGACGAGGAGCGGCCCCUGCUGCAGUUCGUCUGUGACGUCUCCUCUGUCCACUCGGUCCGAGAAUCGCUAUCGGCUCUGGGGGUCCAGACGGUCUCGGCCAGCCUUGAGUACGUCCCCUGCACGAUGGCCCAGCUGUCCGACGCUGACCUGCAGUUGGCGUCCCGUCUGAUCGAGCUGCUCAACGACUCUCAAGACGUGCUACGUGUGUACGACAACAUCGAGGCCCAAAGUGAGCAGGACUGAGGGGCAGCGAGUGGGCGUUGGUGUCUGGGGAGCCUUUGUGAACGUCGCCGGGGGACUGUGGGUGCCACACUGGCACAGGCCUGGCGCCGUCUCCGUUAGUUUCUGUUAUUUAAUCAACUUGCACACUUGGCUUGUGGUCUGCCAUGUGCAGCGUGACUGGCACCUCUUGAACUAUGGAAAUGACGAGACCCCCUAAAUAAAAUGCUCUUCAGUCUCCAUCUGCACUGUG